GCGGGAGCUGGGAGGGCGGCCCGGCCGCAAUGGCGGCGGGAUGGGCGGGCAGCGUGCUGCUCUACGCCGGGCUCACCGCGGCCGGGGACGCGGCGCAGCGACGGGGCCGCGGGCAGCCCCCGGACUGGGCGCAGACGCGGCGGGUGGCGCUGCUGGCCCUCACCUUCCACGGCAACCUCAACUACGUGUGGCUGCGGGCGCUGGAGAGGGCGCUGCCCGGCCGCCGCCCGGCCGCCGUGCUGGGCAAGGUGCUGUGCGACCAGCUGCUCGCCGCCCCGGUCGCCGUUGGUGCCUUCUACACGGGUAUGAGCAUCCUUCAGAGGAAAGAGGACAUCUUUUCAGACUGUAAAAAGAAAUUUUGGAAUACCUAUAAGACAGGACUGAUAUACUGGCCUUUUGUGCAGCUGUCAAACUUCGUUUUUGUCCCCGUUUACCUGCGCACAGCUUACACUGGGCUUUGUGGCUUUGUCUGGGCUGCCUUCAUUUGUUUUUCCCAAGAGAGUGGAGAUGGCACAGUAAAGUCAGCAUUUAUGUGGCUCCAAAGAGAGAAGGUCAAUGCAGAUGAAGAGAAGUAAGAACUUCAGUUCUGAAUCCAUGCUAAAUUGUUGAAGUGAGCUUAUGAAAGUCAGUAAACUGCACUGCAGCCUCAUUGCUGUGUUUUGAAUAAUCAUCUCAACAUUUUUUGGUUAGUAUAAGCAGUAGAACAGUUUGUCUUUUUGCCUGUUUAUUUUUUAUAGAAUAGGCCAAUUGUAUAUUGGCACUUAAUCAUUUUCAUGCUGCCAGCCCAUCUCUUCUGGGAACAACUGACUUACAGGGCAGCAUAAGCAUUUGCACAUCAUGUCAGACUGCCUCGCUGGGGAGAAAUAUUAACCGUAAUUUAAUUUUCAAGCAACUUGCAGUCCCUAGAAAAAGGGGAAUAGAACAUUAAAUCCUCAAUUGUUGUAUUUGACAAUUGUUAUCAGUGCAAGAUUGCUUUUGCAGAACAAAAUUUAAUAGAUUUCUUAACAGUGGCACCAACUCUAUUUUAUUCAGAGAGAAAAAAAAAAAAAAAAGACUAUUUGUAGAAAUAUAUCUGUGUUCAUUUUGUCUUAACUGGGAGAACAAUUGCAUUUGGACAACGUUUGGACACGUACAAUACGUGUUCGUAUGUGGUGGAAUGAAUUCCUCUUCUUAAUGUCUGUCUUACAUGUCUGUAUGGGAAUAGUUCAGUGGGUGUUGUUCCACAGAUCCCAUAGUGUAUACUGGGCAGUCCUGAAGUAGGACAUCCCAGUAGGAAUAGAAGUCCACAGAGAAACAAACUGCAUUUUAUCUGUCUACUUAAAAAAGGAAAUAUGAAUGAAUAGGUAUUUCAGGCUGCUAUAGCUGUUAAAUUGUUACUGUGUGUAUACAUUUAAAGUCCAUGAGAUAAAGAAGCAAUUCCAGUAGUGUUUUGCUGUUAAUACAUUUUUAGGAACAGAAGAGUAUUUUAGUCUGUUUUGUCAAUGAGACUUAAAAUUUUCAGAUGAUGUAUGAUAAUUGAGUAUUUGACUUUAUUUUUACAGAUACUUUUUAUCUUUGCUUGUGCCUUAAGUGUUAAGGAUUAAUAGAAUUUAUUUGGAAAAUGGAACUGGAAAAUAAUGACAUUACAGGAGACUGAAGUAGGGAUACGGUGGUGUUCUGCUGUAGCAGUAUGCCAUAUUAAGCUGCAACUCUGUGGGUAUAGUUAGUAAAGCUAAAUCCUUAGGUGAACCAAGAAUUUAAAACUCUUCUCAUGAUCUUUGUAAUGCCGAUGCUUUUCUUCAGCAAGAGCAUUUAAUGAAUGGGAACAUCCAUCUUUUAUUUUAAAUGGCUUCAAAGCUUACGUAAGCUGUUCUUUAUUGCUCUAGGCUUUUGUGAUGCCAGCUUUUUCUUGGGAAUUUGAGCUAAAUCCUGCUUUGUCUUCAAGUUUAUCUGACUGUAGGCUUCAGGGUUUUCUUCCGUAUUUUUGCUAUGUGAAGCAUGGUUCUUUCAUGUUAUAAGAGCCUGCAGCUCUCAUAUUUUAGUAAACUUAAGACUUUGCAUAUUUCUCUUUCACUUUCUCUGUUUUUCUCGAUAAACUACUUGAUGGGUAAGUAACCCAAAUCUCAUUCCACAUAUAUUUUUAUAUUUUUGUAAAUAGCAGCACUGAUUGUACUAAUAAACAUUCCAGACCCACAUAAUACAAUAAAAUGAAGUGGGGGGAGGGGGGAACAAUUUCUCAGUGUGCAUAAAUUGAUGCACCUCCUAAAGAUUUCCCACCUCUGUCAAUUCAGUCUGUUGGAGGACCUACCCCCUUAGUUAUUAAAGACUUUAUUAUUUCUUGAUAAAAUUUUGACUUAGAAGAUUAAUUUCACAGAAUGGUUGAAGUUAGAAGGGACUUCUGGAGGUCCAGACCAGGUCAGCUAGUGCAACCCCAUUUGACACAUACAUUACUGAAUUACGAGAAUCAAACACAAGUUAUUUCUUUAAAAAAAAUAAAAAUAAAUAAAUAAAAUGAGCUGUGUGACAAUUGUCCUCUUUUUGUUCCACCACCCUUUCAAAAACUGUCAAAAGAGAAUUAGGUUUUAUGACUAUUUCAAGGGAUUAUACUGCUCUUAAUGCCAGCUGAACAUGCAGAUUUCAGUAACUAGAAAGAUAGGAAUAGAAUUAGACAUCACAUAGGUGCUCAGGAAAGAGGGAACAUGCUGCCAACAGCUACUAGCCAUGCAUUCAGAUGACAUUUCCAUUUCAUGGAUUCUAAGAGCAAAUGCGUUGAGAAGACAAAUAUAGAUCAGGUGCAGUUCUAGCUUCGUGUUAUUCUGGAUAGCUGUGGAGACUUAAAAUCUGAAUUUGACAAAAUUAAAAUUUGAAAAUGUAUUUUUCUGUGGCAAAUCUUUCAUGCAAAUGAACCUCCUGUGCUUACUGGUAUGUGAAAUUCACCAGAAGGCUUCUGUCUUCUUCACACCAGAAACAACCAUCCAGUAACACAGCAUAAAAUAACCAGUUUUAUACUGUAGUGAAGGUGAAACAUCCUGUAGUUUGGUACCAUAUCAGAUCGGUAAUUUCUCUCUAUAGCACAAACUCUGAAAUCUAUACAGCUUUUGCUGCCUGGUUCUCUGCUGUGAUGCUAGUACUUCCUGCUACUACUAGUGCCAGUCCAGUGAGAUGUGCAAGAAAUACUUGAAUCGGUCUAAAAUAAUGAAUUUCAAGUUGACUGAAAAAUGUCUGUGUUUUUGAAAAGGUUUAAUAAACUUUGAAUGUUGUUCUUUG